AUGGGGCCUGUGCUCCUUCGGCGUGGAGGCUGCCUCCUACUUUGGAUGGCACUGCUCCUGGGAUGUUGGGCUGAGCUUGGCAGUGGCUUGGAGUUCCCAGGAGCAGAGGGCCAGUGGACUCGCUUCCCCAAAUGGAAUGCCUGCUGUGAAAGCGAGAUGAGCUUUAACAUGAAAACCCGCAGUUCCAGUGGGCUGGUCCUUUACUUUGAUGACGAGGGCUUCUGCGACUUCUUGGAGUUAAUUCUGACACAAGGUGGGCGGCUCCAGCUAAGUUUCUCCAUCUUCUGUGCUGAGCCUGCCAUCUUGCUCUCUGACAUGGCUGUCAAUGACAACCUGUGGCACACUGUGGUCAUUCGCCGCAAUUUUAAGAAUACAACACUAUUAAUUGAUCAGGCUGAGGCUAAAUGGGUAGAAGUGAAGUCUAAGCGGCGGGACAUGACGGUCUUCAGUGGUCUCUUUCUAGGAGGCUUGCCUCCAGAGUUACGUUCACCUACCCUGAAAGUAACACUCUCCUCAGUGAAGGAUAGGGAACCUUUCAAAGGAUGGAUAACAGAUGUAAGAGUCAAUUAUACACAGUCUUCACCUUUGGAGAGUCAAGAAGUACGUCUGGAUGAUGAACAGAGCCACUUAUGUGCUAGAGAUAUUUGCCUCAAUGGUGGUGUAUGCUCUGUGCUCAACAAUCAGGCGGUGUGUGACUGCUCCCAUACUGGUUUCCAUGGGAAGGAUUGCAGUGAAGGUCUGGCGCACUUGAUGAUGGGCGACCAAGGUAAAAGUAAAGGAAAAGAAGAAUAUAUUGCAACAUUCAAAGGAUCAGAGUAUUUCUGCUAUGAUCUCUCCCAGAAUCCUAUCCAAAGCAGCAGUGAUGAAAUAACUCUGUCCUUUAAAACUCUACAGAGGAAUGGACUUAUGCUUCACACUGGGAAAUCAGCUGAUUAUGUCAACCUUGCCCUGAAAAAUGGAGCUGUCUCCUUAGUUAUUAAUUUGGGCUCAGGGGCCUUUGAAGCACUGGUGGAACCUGUGAAUGGGAAAUUUAAUGACAAUGCCUGGCAUGAUGUGAAAGUAACCAGGAAUCUGCGUCAGCACUCAGGCAUUGGACACGCUAUGGUGACUAUAUCAGUGGAUGGAAUUCUGACCACGACGGGCUACACACAAGAAGACUACACCAUGUUGGGCUCUGAUGAUUUUUUCUAUGUUGGAGGCAGUCCUAGCACAGCAGACUUGCCAGGAUCACCUGUCAGUAACAACUUUAUGGGUUGUCUCAAAGAGGUUGUUUAUAAAAACAAUGAUGUAAGACUAGAAUUGUCUCGCCUGGCCAAACAAGGAGAUCCAAAGAUGAAAAUCCAUGGUGUCGUGGCAUUUAAGUGUGAAAAUGUGGCAACCUUGGAUCCAAUCACUUUUGAAACACCAGAAUCCUUUAUUUCUUUGCCUAAAUGGAAUGCCAAAAAAACAGGCUCAAUAUCCUUUGACUUUCGCACUACUGAACCCAAUGGGCUGAUUCUCUUCAGCCAUGGCAAACCACGACAUCAGAAAGAUGCCAAACAUCCACAAAUGGUUAAAGUUGACUUCUUUGCCAUUGAAAUGCUUGAUGGGCACCUCUAUCUGCUUUUAGACAUGGGAUCUGGAACAAUUAAAAUAAAAGCUUUGCAGAAAAAAGUGAAUGAUGGAGAGUGGUACCAUGUUGACUUUCAAAGAGACGGACGAUCUGGUACUAUUUCUGUCAACACAAUGCGUACUCCAUAUACUGCACCAGGAGAAAGUGAGAUCUUGGACCUUGAUGAUGAUUUAUACCUUGGAGGUUUGCCAGAAAAUAAAGCUGGCCUUGUCUUUCCAACGGAAGUCUGGACAGCCCUUCUAAAUUAUGGCUAUGUGGGCUGUAUUCGAGACUUGUUUAUUGAUGGACAAAGUAAAGACAUCCGUCAAAUGGCAGAAAUCCAGAGCACAUCUGGGGUGAAACCCUCCUGUUCAAGAGAAACAGCAAAGCCAUGUCUAAGCAACCCAUGUAAAAACAAUGGUGUAUGUAGAGAUGGCUGGAACAGAUAUGUCUGUGAUUGCUCUGGUACAGGCUACCUGGGCAGGUCAUGUGAACGAGAGGCAACUGUUCUAAGCUAUGAUGGAAGCAUGUUUAUGAAAAUUCAACUCCCUAUGGUGAUGCACACAGAAGCAGAAGAUGUGUCCUUACGGUUCAGGUCUCAGAGAGCAUAUGGCAUUCUGAUGGCCACAACUUCAAGAGAAUCUGCUGACACAUUGCGUUUAGAGCUGGAUGCAGGACGAGUUAAGCUAACAGUCAACCUAGACUGUAUCAGGAUUAACUGUAAUUCCAGCAAAGGUCCAGAGACUCUUUUUGCUGGAUAUAACCUCAAUGACAAUGAAUGGCAUACAGUACGUGUAGUUCGAAGAGGAAAGAGUUUAAAGUUAAUAGUAGAUGACCAACAAGCCAUGACAGGUCAAAUGGCUGGGGAUCAUACAAGACUGGAAUUCCAUAAUAUAGAGACGGGAAUCAUAACGGAACGGCGUUACUUGUCCUCAGUCCCUUCCAACUUCAUUGGUCAUCUACAAAGCCUCACUUUUAAUGGCAUGGCAUACAUUGACUUGUGUAAAAAUGGGGAUAUUGACUACUGUGAACUAAAUGCCCGUUUCGGCUUCCGGAACAUCAUUGCCGACCCAGUCACUUUUAAAACGAAAGCUAGCUAUGUUGCUCUUGCCACAUUGCAAGCAUACACAUCUAUGCACCUGUUUUUCCAGUUCAAAACAACAUCAUUGGAUGGGUUAAUACUUUACAACAGUGGAGAUGGCAAUGACUUUAUCGUGGUUGAAUUAGUAAAAGGGUAUUUACAUUAUGUGUUUGAUUUGGGAAAUGGUGCAAAUCUUAUCAAGGGCAGUUCCAAUAAACCUCUGAAUGACAAUCAAUGGCACAAUGUGAUGAUAUCACGGGAUACCAAUAAUCUCCAUACUGUAAAAAUUGACACAAAAAUCACAACGCAGAGCACGGCAGGAGCAAGAAACUUGGAUCUCAAAAGUGAUCUAUAUAUUGGAGGAGUAGCAAAAGAGACUUAUAAAUCCUUGCCAAAAUUGGUCCAUGCCAAAGAAGGAUUUCAAGGCUGCCUUGCCUCUGUGGAUCUCAAUGGGCGUCUUCCAGAUUUGAUUUCAGAUGCUCUGUUUUGCAAUGGACAGAUAGAAAGGGGAUGCGAAGGUCCCAGCACCACAUGUCAAGAAGACUCUUGUGCUAACCAAGGUGUCUGCUUGCAGCAAUGGGAUGGGUUUAGCUGUGACUGUAGCAUGACUUCUUUCAGUGGGACACUGUGCAAUGACCCGGGAACAACAUACAUAUUUAGCAAAGGUGGUGGACAGAUUACAUAUACCUGGCCUCCCAAUGAUCGGCCCAGCACCCGAGCAGAUAGACUGGCCAUAGGGUUUAGCACAGUUCAAAAAGAAGCCAUCUUGGUCCGUGUGGAUAGCUCGACUGGGCUUGGUGAUUAUUUAGAGCUGCACAUCCACCAAGGAAAAAUUGGUGUUAAAUUUAAUGUUGGAACAGAUGAUAUCGCAAUUGAAGAAGUCAACGCAAUCAUUAAUGAUGGGAAAUACCAUGUAGUACGUUUUACAAGAAGUGGUGGCAAUGCCACAUUACAGGUGGACAACUGGCCGGUUAUAGAACGCUACCCAGCAGGAAACAAUGAUAACGAGCGCCUGGCGAUUGCUAGACAGCGAAUUCCAUAUCGGCUUGGUCGAGUAGUUGAUGAAUGGCUACUCGACAAAGGGCGUCAGCUCACAAUCUUCAAUAGCCAAGCAACGAUAAAAAUUGGAGGCAAGGAACGAGGCCAUCCAUUUCAGGGUCAGCUUUCUGGACUCUACUACAAUGGUUUGAAAGUCCUGAACAUGGCUGCUGAGAAUGAUGCCAACAUAGUGAUAGAAGGGAAUGUCAGACUCGUUGGUGAAGUGCCUUCCUCUAUGACAACUGAGUCAACUGCCACUGCAAUGCAAUCAGAGAUGUCCACCUCAGUCAUGGAAACCACUACCACUCUGGCUACCAGCACAGCUAGAAGAGGAAAGCAGCCUACAAAAGAAUCAAUUGUUCAG